AUGUAUUCUCCUUGUAGGAUAGUGGGAGUAUUGGAGAAGGAACAUGGCAUUAGUGAGGGACAGGCAGGUUUCCGAAAGAAGAGGGGGUGCGUAGACCACAUAUUAUUCACGGUAGGGAGAAUCAUCCAAGGUAGAAAGAGGGCGGGAAAGCCGACGUACUGCUUCUUCCUGGACGUGAAAAAGGCAUACGACACCGUAUGGAGAAAUGGGUUGUGGAAACAACUGUCCAAAUACGGGAUCAAGGGAAAAAUGUGGAGAGUGCUGAAGAAGAUGACAGUGUGCACGAAAAGCGCGGUCAUGCUAGACGGAGAACUGUCAAAAUUCUUCGACAUUGAGCAGGGGGUCCCACAAGGUUGCACGCUGUCCCCAACAUUGUUCCAGGUGUUCAUCAACGAUCUGUUGGAAGUCGUAGAGGCAGUCCGGAAGGGAGUAAAAGUAGGGGACACGAAAACUUCGGUUUCAGGAAUGCUGUUUGCGGAUGAUUAUGUCAAGUUUACUGAUAAGUGGAGAUUGUCUGCCUACGUUAAGAAGAGUGCCGUCAUGGUAUGCAACGAAAACAAGGAGGAACCAGUAGAACAUAGAUGGAAGUGGGAGAUCGAGGAGAUUGCAGUAGUGGACCAGUACACAUACCUCGGAGUAGAGAUCGCAAAAGACUGCUCGAGGAAUGCACACAUGUUCAAGCACCUGCAGUAG